GAGAUGGCCCUCGCAGCCGGGGAAGAUGCCGCUCUAUGUGCAACGAGCCUUUGUGGUGAAGAUGUUCGGAGCACUGGCCCUGCAGAUCCUCACCUGCCUCGCCUUGAUGCUUGGGCUCUGCGAGCAGUUCCACUUCAUGGCCUACGUGCCCAACAACGGCACGUCGACCUCGGUCUUCGCGGAUGUGACGCCUGGAACACGGGGAAGCCUUAAGGACAAAGGCCUUUUCCGAAGAGAGAGCUUGAUGGUUGUUCUUUCUUUUUUGAAAGAAGGGGUGAAUCCCCGACACCGGUGA